AUGAUCUCUCUAUCCAAAGCAUCCCUGGGUGCCGCGCUCCUCAGCUUAUCCACAUUAUGGGUUGGACAAGCAGCGGCCGCACCCAGCAGGGCCGGACUAUUCUUCGUGUGGGAUGUCUUAGAGCCCAAGGACCCGUCAAUAGCCCGGGACUUCCCAGACCCAGCAAUCAUCCAAGGUGGGGAUGGCUGGUACGCCUUCGCAACAAGGCCGAUCGACGGGAGCCAGAGAAACGUCCAGUGGGCAAAGGCUGCAGACCCCGAGGGCCCAUGGACUUACAUCGACUCCGACCUCCUCCCUAAUGCGGGAGCAUGGCAGGAUAAUGCCAACGUUUGGGCCCCCGAUGUUCGCCAGGUCGCCGACGGAACGUACGUGAUGUACUACUCAGCACAGCUGCUUAACAGCAGCCAUCACUGCAUCGGCGCGGCGACGGCGGACGACGUCACGGGUCCGUGGACAGCAAAGGACGAGCCGUGGGCGUGCGACCUCGAGCAGGGCGGGUCGAUCGACCCGUCCGGGUUCUACGACGAUGAGACGCAGCGGCGGUUUGUUGUGUACAAGAUCGACGGCAACUCGAUCGGCAACGGGGGCAACUGCAACAACGGCGUAGAGCCGAUCGUUCCCACGCCCAUAAUGCUCCAAGAGGUCGGCCCGGACGGCAUCACGCGGAUCGGCGACGCGACCCAGAUCCUGGACCGGACAGACGCCGACGGCCCGCUGGUCGAAGCGCCGAACUUGAUCAAAACCGAGGAGGGCUCAUAUGCACUCUUCUACUCGAGCUGGUGCUACACCGACACGAGGUACGACGUCAAGUAUGUGCUCUCCAAGUCGGUAGAGGGCCCAUACAAGCGGACGAGAUCGCCCUCGCUGGUCGAGACCAGCAAUUUCGGCCUGACGUCGCCCGGCGGCGCAACGAGCAUCGUGGGCGGUGGGUUAAUGGUGUUCCACGCCAACUGCGACGUCGAGACCGGGGCGCGAUGCAUGUACACUGCCAAUUUUACCGUGACUGGCACGAACGUGCUCGUGAACUGA